CUGUACACGCAUGCGCACCCCGCCCCGUAGCACUGGUGAAGUGUUGAAGUCUAGCCGUAGAAAUCAGAGAUACUCGGGAGAUCUAUGGUGUAUUUCAGGGGCACCAGCUUGCUAAAUGACUUAGCUAUGAUGUUUUGACACUGUUGUCUCAGUCCAGAAGCUGUAGUCUAAGCCUUGUACACUUACGAGAUUCCCUAGAGUUGAUUGCAGAGCGAUGGAUCAUGCCCUGAGAGACCAGUUGUCUGGGCUGGUGGAGGAGCUGACCACCUCUGGAGAGCCCCAGCUAAACCAGGACAAGAUGAAGGAGCUCAAGAAGAUCUGCAAAGCCUCUAACGACUACAUUGAGCAUGUCUACAACCUGCUGAUGUCUCAGCUGGCUCAGGAGCAUGCUGAGAUCCGCCUCUCUGCCUUCCACAUGGCCGCAGAGCUCUUCUCCCGUUCGCACCACUUCCGCCUCCUGAUCGUCUCCGACUUCCAGGACUUUUUGGACCUCACUGUGGAGACAGACUCCGACCAGCCGCUCCCCCCACCUAAAGAGGUAGCUCGUAAGCUGAAGACCCUGGCCAUUCAGACGAUUCAGGCCUGGCAUGCCUCAUACGGAGAGGCCUACAAGAAGCUGGGCCUGGGGUACCACUUCCUGAAACAGGUCAAGAAGGUGGACUUCCAUGAUGUCCAAGCCAGGACUCAGGCGGAGAGGAAGAGAGAGGAGGAGAAGCAGAGAAGGCUUGACAGAAUCUACAAGGAGAAGGUUGAGAAGGCCACCAUGGAGAUGGAAGAGUCCUGUGAGGAGAUACAAGAGUGUCUGACUGAGAUGGACACCUGCAUGAAGCUGCUGCUGCCCUAUGAGUUUGACCUCUCUGUUUGGGAGGCAACAGUCAAUCCAAACACAGAACCAGCCUCUGAAACACCAGUAUCAACCAAUCAGAGCUCAGAGACCUCAAAGCCAGCAAAUGAGAUGACAGAAUCAACCAUUGAGAAAAGGUCUUCGGUCCAGGUGACGCAUGAUGGGACAGAAGUUUCCUCUAUAGACCUUGAUGAACAGCCUUGCUGCAGCAAAGACCUGCACGAAGAGAGAGAUGAGAAGAAGGAGUCAAGCGACGAAGAGAGUGAAAUUAAUGAGGUUCUGGAUGAAGACUCCUUCAUACGGAACACAGGCCUCAUCUCUCACAAAUACAGUCUAGACCUCAACCUCGCCACAGAUUUGCAUCUGAAAGAGACGGAAGAGAAUGAGGCUGUGGUAACCACAGUUAAGGAUCUCCAUAAGCUGAUUAGCUCCAAACACCUGCCUGCUGUCAAGUCCUGGGUCCAGGUGUUUACCAGAGCAGGGGGUCAGGAUCAGUUGUUAAGACAGGCGUUGGACCUGAAGAAGGCUUUAGAGACUGCCAUCAGAAAACACCAGGACCUGCACAUAGACUACUGCACCAGGCACCGUAAAGUGAUGAGAGCAUCGGAUGAUGAAGAUGAGGAUUUCGAGGAGGUGCCGGAGAAGGAAGGCUUUGAACCCCACAUUCCAGAGCAUCUAAGAGAGGAGUACGGUCUUGAACCUUCCACCAGCUCCUCCAGCAGCAAGAAGCCAGCCUCUUCCUCCUCCCGGCCCCAGCCCCGGGCUCCUCUCCAGGACCCCCAGCCGCUCCCUAGGAGCAAGAGAAGAGCCCUGGAGGAGGAGCAGGACCCCACCUGUGCUGCUGCCACACUGAGCCUCCUCAGACAGCGCCUCCCACAGGCCUGCGUUUCAGCAGGUCCAGAGCAGCAGACAGCAGGCUCGUCCAGUGACGCAGUCCCAGGGUCCAGCCAGGGCCAGGCUGACGUCCCUGUCAUCCCCUUCGGUCUGGACCUGUACUACUGGGGCCAGGAGCAGCCCACCGCUGGAAAGAUCAUCAAGUACUCUUCCCAGCACCAGUUCUGGGUGCCUAACGAGGUGGAGGAGGAGGUGGAGAACCCGGAGCUGAGCGCCCAGAUGAAGUCUCGCUACAUCACCUUCGCCGGGCGCUUCACCCCCGUCACACACACCUGCAGGGCGCCCCUGUCCAACGGGUCGCUGUGUGAACGCCAGGACAGGGUCAAGUGUCCGUUCCAUGGUGUCAUCGUGCCCCGUGAUGACCUAGGCCGCCCCACUAACGCCGAGGACGCUGCACGCCUAGAGAGAGAGGAGAGGAAACGGCGAGAGGAACAGCCUGGUGAGACACACACACACCAUGCCAUGAUCACCCUGGUGUCUGGCUGGACCCAGAGCACACAGUCCUUCCUUCCAUCUAGGACGUACGGUAAAGGGCGGGGCAAGGGCAAGGGAAAGAAGAAGAAAUACCCCAAUCUGAGUGACCUCAAACAGAGCGCCAACACCUCCCGCUCACGCCUGGAGAAGAAGGUCUUCAACAAGAGUUCAAUGCGGAGAGUCACUGAAGUCAUGAAUAAAAUGGACAAACGGAAACAUGAGAAGUUUUCGAACCAGUUCAACUAUGCUCUCAAUUAACUACAGCUCUUAACUACUGUAGUGACUUUUGUAUGCUCGACUUGUAUGCCAUUUUGAUGUCUUUGUAUGAGAUUUAUUUUAGAAUUAUGUUUUUUUAUAUAAUUUAAUGGUUGCCAAAUGAAAUUAUUUAUUUUUUACUUGUGAAACUAUUUGGAAUUCGAAAAUGUUUGGCAUUGUAAUGUCCUCAGGAAUUUUUGAAGAAUAUAUUAAUGUUGAUAUUUUGAAUUUGUUGCUGUUUUUUUAAGUGUCUUUUUUUGUACAAAAGUGCAGAAUGAACACAGGCUGUCCUCUACAUUUGACGUAUUAAAAAUUGAGUGUGUAGUUUAGAACUUGUCAGCCUUGUGGUUUAUUUAUCUCCUCAUACUUGUCCUUCCCUCUUAGUCAAAACCCUAAAGUUUAAUACUGAUGAUAUAGCUAACAAAUUUGCCUAAUGAUUGGUUGUGCAUCCAUCCACUGUGAGAACUAAACAAGGUGGGAAUGUUGCAUGUGGUUUUAUUCCAUCAUAACAUUUAGGUAUCAAACCAGUUUGGACUGAUUCCCUACAAAAUACUGUUCAUGUUGAGUAAAUAUUUAACAUUGACAGCU